UUGGUGCUACUGCUCUGGAAGCAAAAUUGGACCGUAGAGCUGCUGGUAGUCCAGUGGAUGUGGAUGAAUUGAUGAGUCUUCUUGAUCUGUGCGACCCCUAAUUUUUGUCGGUACAUCCAGGCUCGUGCCGUGCCGCCGCCUCCAUGGAAACCCCUCGCGUGCGUGGCGCGGCAGCGCCCGAGAUAGAGAAGUGCGACGCCGGCGGCGACGUGGAGGAGCCGGUUCCUGCCGCGGCCGCGCGCGAGCAGCAGCACGAGGAGCGCGUGCCGCCGUGGCGCGAGCAGGUGACGGCGCGGGGCCUUGUGGCGGCGCUGCUCAUCGGCUUCGUCUACACCGUCAUCAUCCUCAAGCUGGCUCUCACCACGGGCAUCAUCCCCACGCUCAACGUCUCCGCCGCGCUGCUCGCCUUCCUCGCGCUCCGCGGCUGGACGCGCGCGCUCGCGCGCCUCGGCGUCGCGUCCCGCCCCUUCACCCGCCAGGAGAACGCCGUCGUACAGACCUGCGCCGUCGCCUGCUACACCAUGGGAUUCGGCGGUGGAUUUGGUUCGUCGUUGCUGGCUCUGAACAAGAAGACGUACGAGCUCGCUGGGGUUAGCACGCCGGGCAACGCACCGGGGAGCUACAAGGAGCCUGGCUUCGGGUGGAUGGCCGGAUUCCUACUCGCGAUUAGCUUCGUGGGGCUCCUCAACUUGCUUCCGCUCAGAAAGGCUUUGGUCAUAGAUUACAAAUUGACUUAUCCAAGCGGGACUGCGACUGCUGUUCUUAUAAAUGGGUUUCAUACCUCUCAAGGAGAAAAGAAUGCAAAAAAGCAAGUUCGUGGAUUUCUAAGGUGCUUCGUGAUCAGCCUCCUAUGGAGCUUCUUCCAGUGGUUCUACACAGGUGGCCCGAGUUGUGGGUUUCUUCAGUUCCCUACUUUUGGUCUAAAGGCUUGGAAACAAACGUUCUUCUUCGAUUUUAGUCUCACAUAUGUCGGCGCGGGGAUGAUCUGCUCACACCUGGUAAAUCUUUCCACGCUCUUCGGUGCAAUACUUUCAUGGGGAAUAAUGUGGCCACUCAUCAGCAAACAAAAGGGCAUUUGGUAUCCUGCAAAUGUACCAGAAACCAGCAUGACAAGCUUGUUUGGUUACAAGUCCUUCAUGUGUGUAGCUCUGAUCAUGGGAGAUGGUCUCUACCACUUCAUCAAAGUCACAGGUAUCACUGCUAAGAGUUUGCACGGACGAUCCAAUCGUAAGCAUGUCAAGAGAGCUGCUAAUGAGGGUACAGUUGCCAUUGAUGAUAUGCAACGCGAUGAGGUCUUUAACAGGGACUACAUUCCAAACUGGCUAGCGUACAUAGGAUACGCUUUAUUAAGCAUCAUUGCGAUUAUUAUCAUACCGGUUAUGUUCCGACAGGUCAAAUGGUACUAUGUCGUUGUAGCUUAUGUGCUUGCUCCCGUGCUGGGGUUCUCCAAUGCCUAUGGAACUGGACUCACUGACAUGAAUAUGAGCUACAAUUAUGGCAAGGUUGCUCUGUUUAUCUUUUCAGCCUGGGGAGGGAAGGACGAUGGUGUCAUUGCCGGUCUUGUUGGUUGUGGUAUAGUGAAGCAGCUAGUGCAAGUCUCUGCUGAUCUGAUGCACGAUUACAAGACUGGCCAUCUGACGUUGACAUCGCCAAGAUCGAUGCUUGUUGGCCAGGCCAUUGGUACAGCCAUGGGCUGCAUCAUCGCGCCAUCUACGUUCUUGCUCUUCUACAAAUCAUUUGAUAUUGGGAACCCAGAUGGAUACUGGAAGGCUCCAUACGCACUGAUAUAUCGAAACAUGGCUAUUCUCGGCGUCGAUGGCUUCUCUGCACUGCCAAAGCACUGCCUUGAGCUGUCUGCUGCUCUCUUCGCUUUUUCUGUGCUCAUUAACCUUGUUAGGGACCUACUUCCAAGAAGGUACAGGAAAUAUGUUCCCCUGCCGAUGGCAAUGGCUGUGCCGUUCCUUGUUGGUGCCAACUUUGCCAUUGACAUGUGUGUGGGAAGCUUGACAGUCUUUGCCUGGCACAAAAUGAACAGCAAGGAGGCGGCGCUGCUGGUGCCUGCGGUUGCAUCUGGUUUUAUUUGUGGAGAUGGUAUAUGGAUGUUUCCUUCUUCCUUGCUGUCUCUGGCUAAGGUGAACGCGCCAAUCUGUAUGAAUUUCACACCAGGAAGCUAGAGAAAUGGGCAUAAUCUCAUGGAUGGUGAGCUGGACGUGCAAUGGGAAUUUAUAAGAUUAUUAUCAGAUGAGAAGUGGUCACUGCGCACAUAUUGUAAUUCUUUUACUCUGCUAAUGUUCGCCUUAGGGCAUUUACAACGCAGAGAAGACAGUCUUAUCUUAUGCACUCCGCAUCAUGUAGAUAAGAAAAUAAAACAUACUCCUCCGUUUCACAAUUCUCGUCUCAAAUUUGUCAAAAAAAUGGAUGUAUCUAUUCCUAAAAAGUGUCUACAUACAUGUAAUAUUUCGACAAGAAUUAUGAAAUGGAGGGAGUAUUAUACAAUAAAUUAUCUGUUAAUGCUA